GUUUACGGAUGCUGAGGAGGCUCGUUGGUACUGGAACUACAGCCUGAGAUCACUUACCUUCGGUCGGUUUGAAUGAUUGAUUUUUGCCCAGUGAACCAUCACCAUUCAAGAGACAGAGAUGGCUCAGUGCUCCGCAGCUGCAGAGGUUGGCUCCUCGGUAAACGGAGCGGAUGUCAAAAAGAGGAAUGUUGCUAUCAUCACCGGCAUCACCGGACAGGAUGGUUCCUACCUGGCUGAGUUCCUGCUUGCUAAAGGCUAUGAGGUCCAUGGUAUUUUGCGGCGUUCCAGCUCCUUCAACACGGGUCGCAUCGAGCAUCUUUACCAAAACCCACAGACGCAUACAGAGGGCAACAUGAAGCUGCACUAUGGCGACCUGACUGACAGCACCUGUCUGGUGAAGAUCAUCAACGAGGUGAAGCCCACAGAGAUCUACAACCUGGGUGCUCAGAGCCACGUUAAGAUCUCCUUUGACUUGGCCGAAUAUACAGCGAACGUGGACGGCGUGGGCACAUUGCGUCUCCUGGAUGCCAUCAAGACAUGUGGUCUGACCAGCAGUGUCAAGUUCUACCAGGCCUCCACCAGUGAGCUGUACGGCAAAGUCCAGGAGAUCCCACAGAAGGAAACCACACCAUUUUACCCACGAUCGCCUUACGGUGCUGCCAAACUUUACGCCUACUGGAUUGUGGUUAACUUCCGGGAGGCCUACAAUAUGUUUGCUGUGAACGGGAUCCUCUUUAACCACGAGAGUCCGAGAAGAGGUGCAAACUUUGUGACGCGUAAGAUCAGCCGCUCUGUGGCAAAGAUUCACCUGGGCCAACUGGAGAGCUUCAGCCUCGGCAACCUGGACUCCAAGAGGGACUGGGGACAUGCCAAAGAUUAUGUGGAGGCCAUGUGGCUGAUGCUGCAAACGGAGGAGCCAGAAGAUUUUGUCAUCGCUACAGGGGAGGUGCACAGCGUGAGGGAGUUUGUACAGAAGGCCUUCAAUCAUGUUGGAAAGACCAUUGUGUGGGAAGGAAAGGAUGAAAAUGAGGUUGGUCGUUGCAAAGAUACAGGGGUGGUCCAUGUUAGGGUGGACCCAAAAUUCUUCCGUCCCACUGAGGUGGACUUCCUGCAAGGCGACAGCACCAAGGCGUAUGAGAAGCUGGCCUGGAAGCCCAAGGUUACUUUUGAGGAGCUGGUGAAGGAGAUGCUGGACUCUGACAUCGAGCUCAUGAAGCAAAAUCCAAAUGCCUAAAAAGCAGCUCAGCUCUUUCAGAUGUGAUGCAGAUAUUUUCACACUCCAAGGUUCUGCCAUUGACUCAGACAGAAGCAGAGCCUUUUUUCUAUCUCUUCUUCUCCAUUUGAAGUAAUUGUGGUUUCCUUUUUUUCUCUAACCAAGAGCCAAAUGUUGCCUUUUCUGUCUUUUUUUAUUUUGGUUGGGUUGAUUUAUAAGGUUGUUUUAUUAUUUACAAAAACACUCCUCAUGUUUGGUUCGAUGAAGUCUUUAUAAUGGUUUAUUUAUGUUUCUUAUUUCUUUGUGGUAUAAUUAUUUUAAAGGUUUAAAUUGCUCAUUUUUUAAAUGACCAAACGGUAUAGAAACGAAUCAACUUAAUAUAAUGUAUUGCUAUAUUUUUGCUUUCUUGAGGUCAGUUUUUUUUGGGACAUAUUGGUGAUGAUAAAGGGCUAUGAGGUGGAUAAUAAAAAUAAAUAUGGCAAAC